CAUUGGAAGGAAGAGCUGCUGAAGCGAUCGGCCGGCGCUAGUGCUGAUUGGCUGCUGUGCGGGUGUUUUACGGUAGCGCGCGCAGGUGAUUGACAGAUGCAGAACAUCGUCAGAGACACUGGCGGACACAGCACAUAUGACCACCGACUGACAGACUGGAGGCAGUGGAGGUAUCUGAAGCCACGUGUGCAUUAUGAAGGAGAACGGGUCCUUGUGUCAGAUGGAGCAGCUGCCCUGUGCAUGUCUGCUAGACUGCCACCGGCAGACCCACACCCGCAGCGCCGCAGGGGCCCCGAUCCGACACAGAGCCAACGGGGCGGUGGGGGCCUUGUGCAACAGUCCCGACUGUGUGGUGGCCACCAGGCUGGAGGGCUCCGAGCAGGGCCGGCAUGGGGCCGGCAGGGUGCUGGUCACCGGAGGGGCCGGAUACUUCGGAUUCAGACUGGGCCACGCUCUGGCAGGCCAAGGGGCCACAGUCUUUCUGCUGGACCUCCACAAGCCGCCUUGGGAUAUCCCUGAUGGAGCCGUCUUCCAGCAGAUUGAUAUCCGGGAUUAUGAUGCCCUGUAUAAGAUCUGUGCAGGAGUGGAUGUUAUUUAUCACACUGCUUCCUAUGGGAUGUCCGGACCUGAACAGCUGAGGAGAAAGCAGAUUGAGUCAGUCAAUGUUGGCGGCACGAAUAAUGUCAUAAACGUCUGUACGGAGCGAGGCAUCUCUAAACUCAUCUACACCAGCACAGUCAAUGUGGCGUUCGCUGGCCGGCCCAUCGAGGAUGGAGAGGAAGACUCAGUUCCCUGCGUGCCGCUGGACAUGCACAUAGACCAUUACUCCAGAACUAAAGCUAUCGCUGAACACAUGGUGCUCGCUGCCAAUGGAAGAUCAACAAAAGGUGGUGGUCUUCUACACACAUGUGUCCUACGCCCUUCUGGUAUCUAUGGUCCUGGAGAGAGAAGACAUUUACACAGGGUGAUGGUGAAUGUGGAGAGGAGGUUGUUCAGCUUUUGUUUUGGGGACCCUAAUGCCAAGAUGAACUGGGUACAUGUGGAUAAUUUGGUGAUGGCUCAUGUUUUAGCAGCAGAUGCACUGACUGCAGAUAAAGCCUUUGUGGCGAGUGGACAGGUCUACUUUAUCAAUGAUGGGGAGUCUGUCAAUGUCUUUGAAUGGUUGACACCUCUGUUUGAAAGACUGGGCUAUGGUCGGCCACUGAUUCACCUUCCUGUGUCUCUGGUCUACUCAGCAGCAAUUCUGAUGGAGCGACUGCAUGUGGCUCUGAGUCCUAUAAUGGAAAUUCCAUUACUUCUGACAAGAAACGAGGUGAGAAACAUUGCUGUCAGUCACACCUUUAAAAUCGAGAAGGCGCAGCGAGAACUGGGCUUCAGUCCUAAGAAGUACAGCCUGACCGACUCGGUGGAUCAGUACCUGCGGAGCAGACCGCCACGUUCAGCUGCGUCACUAUUGAACACACAGCACCACUUCCUGCUGCUGCUGCUGCUGCUGCUGCUGAUGGGAUUCAUCGCCCUCAUGAUCUGCUCUGCAGGUUGGGGAUAAUAAGCCUUGAUGCUUCAGUCUCACUUCCAAGAGAAAUCGCAUGGAUCCCUUGUAGGGUUAGUGAAUUCAAAAUUAUGCAACUUUGUGAA